GUUAAUUUUACAAGUAUUUAGAAUUUUUAGUCAAUUUUACAAGUAUUUACAAUUUUUAAGAAAUAUUAUAACAUGCAUUUACUAAUUUUGUAUGGUAGUCAAACUGGCACAGCACAAGAUGUGGCUGAACAACUGUGGCGUUCUUCAAAGAAAUUUGGUUUUCAGGGGCCAGUCUUGCCUAUGGACGAUUUUCCCAUACAUAAACUUGUUGAGCAGACAUUAGUAUUAUUUGUGACAGCCACCACCGGUGAUGGAGAUGAACCGGACAAUAUGCGCAAUUCUUGGAAGUUCUUGCUACGGCGAAGUUUGCCCUCGAAUUCAUUGGAGAAUUUGCAAUAUGCCUGUUUGGGUCUGGGAGAUUCUAGUUAUGCCAAGUUCAAUUAUGCAGCCAAAAAGCUGAAUAAACGUCUACAACAACUAGGGGCUAAACAAAUUAUUCCUGUAGGCUUGUGUGAUGAUCAACAUGAUCAUGGUUUGAGUGCUGUGGCAUUGCCGUGGAUGAAUCAGCUUUGGAGCCAAUUACAGCAAAGUUUAGGGGUGAAAGCAAUAAAUGAACCAGAGAAUGAUUCGUCAGUUUUUAAAUGGCAUUGCAAACAAAUAAACGAUACAAAAGAAAAUGGCCUGAAGGAAAAUCAUAAUGAUGUACAAUUGCUUUGGAAUUACAAGGAUGCGCCCGAAAAAUUCGUUCUUAAGAGCAAUAAACGCAGCACAGAUCCGUCACACUUUCAAGAUGUUAGAGUACUAGAAUUCGCCACUUCUGAUAGUACAAAUUGGUAUCCGGGAGAUAUUUUACAAGUACAACCUCAUAAUUCGAAAGAACAAGUUGAAGAUUUCUUUUCAUGGGCCCAAGAACAUAAACUUGAUUUUAGUCCAGAUACUUUGGUAGAAAUCUCUAGUAUUCACGACGAUAUGCCUUUGCCUAAAUGCUAUAGCCAACCGCUGACGGUGAAAGAAAUGGCUACAUAUUUGUGGGAUCUAAGUUUUCGUCCACGCCAGAGAGCCUUUGAACUUUUGGCUUUAAACUGCAAAGAUGAAUUGGAAAAAGAGAAACUUUUAGAGUUUACCACAUCAGAAGGUCUGGACGAUCUUAUUAACUAUAUUAAUCGGCCCCGCAGAACUAUAUUAGAAGUAUUACAAGAUUUUCGACAUUCAUCUUCCAAAUUAACAUUGAACAUUUUAGUAGAACUUUUUACAUUCAUACAACCCAGAAGUUUCUCAAUAGCCAGUUGCAAAGAAUCUUGUGAACUGGACUUGCUGGUGGCUGUGGUGGAAUAUAAAACUAAACUCUCCAUACCUAGACUGGGUUUGUGUUCAAAUUGGCUUAAAAAUCUGGAGCCAGGCUCUGAAAUAUAUGGUUGUAUUAAAUCGGGCACAAUGAAGCUUCCCAAGAAUAAUUCAACGCCUCUGAUUGUUGUGGGGCCUGGUACAGGGAUAGCACCAUUUCGCAGCAUAAUACAAAGUAUAUACCUUAACAAAUUAGAAAAUACUAGCUCUGAAACCAACCUGUUUGUAUUUUUUGGUUGUCGUAAUAGUAACAAAGAUUUCCAUUUUCAAAAAGACUUGCAGAAAUGGCAUGCAGAAAAAUACAUUUGCCUUUAUUGUGCAUUUUCGAGAGACCAGGAUAAUAAGAUCUAUGUCCAGCACUUGAUAGAAGAUAAUGCAAAUACAUUAAAACCAUUAAUCAUGGGAAAGGGAGCUUAUAUUUUGGUGUCUGGUUCUUCUAAAAAUAUGCCAAAAUCUGUAAAAGAAGCAUUUACAAAAGUUGUAGACAAUGAUGAGGCCUUAAUAGAACAAUUAAUAAAAACAAAAAGAUAUCAAGAAGAAACUUGGUCUUAAACAAUAGAGAUUUAAUUUAAUAAAUAAAUUUAAGAUCAAAAUUUAAUAAUCCUCAAACAGUUUUUCAGCUGCAGUGCGGCAAAACGGACAAAAACCUUUUUGUAAAACAUGCAACUCGAAAUCCUCGGCAUAAAAUACCUAAAAAUAUAGAGUAUUUAUUGUUGAAAUUAUUACAUUAAUAAACUAAAAUACUAACCAAUAAACACUCUGGACAAUAUGUAACUUGUAAGUCCGGCAAAAUAUUACGAUAAAAUAUAAAUUUGCUAUUUGCUUUA